AUGGAGCCGGAGACGGGCCUCGACAAGCGCGGCGGCGGCGCUAAGGCUGCGGAGGAGCGGCCGCCGGUGUUAGUGUCGGCGGUGCUGCCUGCCGGAGGAACUGGGGAGCGUAUGGGCGGCGGCACCCCGAAGCAGUUUUGCGCGAUUCUGGGGAGGCCGCUGAUUAGCUAUACGGUGCGGGCGCUGGAAAGCAUCAGUUGGAUAUCUCAUAUUGUUGUGGUGGUAUCUCUAGACAAUGUUGAAAUAAUGAGAUCUAUCGUAAAACAGUAUGGCCACAAACGAACUGUAAUAGUUGAAGGUGGAACAAGUCGUCAUAGAUCAAUCUUUAAUGGCCUGGAAAUAUUUGUAAAGAAUUCUCCAAUCCAGAAACCAGAAGUUGUAAUUAUUCAUGAUGCUGUGAGACCAUUCGUUGAGAAGGAUAUUCUUUUUAAAGUGGUUAUGGCUGCCAAGGAACAUGGGGCAGCAGGAGCAAUACGUCCUCUUGUCUCCACUGUUAUUGCUUCCUCUGCAGACGGAUGUUUAGACCAUUCACUAGAUCGUGCCAAGUACAGAGCAAGUGAAAUGCCUCAAGCGUUCUUAUUUGAUAUAAUCCAUCAAGCGUAUCGUCAGUGUAAUGACUAUGACCUGGAUUAUGGAACAGAAUGUUUGCAUCUGGCUCUAAAGUACAGCAAAACAACGGCUAAACUCAUUGAAGGCCCUUCAGACCUAUGGAAGGUGACCUACAAGCAGGAUCUGUAUGCAGCUGAAUCUUUAAUUAAGGAGGCCAUAUCACAAGAAGUUUGUGUUAUCACUGAUAUAAAUGAAAAUGCUGUGCAGGUGGGAUUUCUCCUUCAUGAAACGUUGAAGAGUCAUGUGAAACAGGUUAAAAGUUUAUCAUCAACCCUGUGUAAAGAUCACAACCAUCUGCAAAAUAUCUUAUUAGGACAGUGUUACAACUUUAUUUGCAUAAAUGAUACACUGUCUGACUUUAAAGAAACCCAACAGCUAGUGGAAAUGCUUGAAAACACAAACACUUCUCUUUUAUACUCCAUUGUCCUAAUUUCGGUACACUUGCAUGUCUUAGAAGGCACACUUUGCAGCAGCGAAAUGCUCAAGUUAGUUGAACUUGCCAAGGAAGUAAAAAAGAAAAAUAUUUUCCUGUAUGGUCUCAUUGUACGCUACCAACAGGACGAUAUGAAACUUCAAGAGACCACUGAUUCAGCUGCUGCACUUAUCAUGGCAUUAAUUAGAGACAGAAAUCCUGCCUUUGUUGGCCAGCUUCUAGUAGCAUGACAGAGAAACGCUCAACACUUUGCCAAAGUUU